CUUGGGUUCUUUUCCUUUUUCUAUUCCAUCAAUUUCACUCUACUUGCAUGGUUUUUUUUUGUACUUAACUUUUGAACUUUGUUAGGCUAAAAUGAGUGUGGAGUUCCCUUACUUGUAUUCAAGCACUGCUUUGAUGUGUUUGAUGGGAUCAAUACAAGGAGCUUUAUAUGCAGUUUGUACUGUGGGGGAUUGGAAUCAAUGGAAGCUUGGGUGGAAUGUUAGGCUUCUAGCUGUUGCUUUUGUGGGAAUCAUGGGAUCUUCUUUGUUCGUGUUCUUGGUAUCAUGGGCUGUUAGGUUGAAGGGACCAUUGUAUAUAGCUAUAUUCAAUCCAUUGGGGCUUGUGCUUGUUGCUGUUGUGGGAUCUUUGUUACACGAUGAAAAGUUGCAUUUAGGAAGUAUCAUAGGGGGAUUAAUGAUAAUAUGUGGAGUAUACAUGGUGCUAUGGGGCAGAGCCAAAGUGAUGAAGCAACAAACACAGGUUGAUGAAGAAUCAAAUGAAAUAGUAGAAGAUGAACAAGAGCAUGAAGGAACUGAAACUCCACCUGUAAUAAUUUUAGAUUAAAAUUUUGUCUUUUUUUCCCCUCAAUACUGAAAAAAAAAAAUUGGCCAUUAGCAGCAACUUACAGUUUACUGCCAGAUAUAUUUGUUGCGCAAGACAUUGUUUUGAAAGCUCAUCUUUGGUGAUUUAUUACCUGUAAUUCGAAGGCCAAUUUGUUCACAUGAUAUUAAAUCAUUUAUUAUAUAUUAUUAUAGCUAUGUAGCAGCAAUAUAUAGCUAGCAAUUAUAUGUUGUUUUUAUGAGUAGAAUUAUCCAAUGAAAGGGUUUCUUUGUGUUGUGUGCAUGAACCUAUGAGAGCUUGCCAUAAUCAUCAUCUCAUCUUUUAAAAUGGUUUUGACGGACGAAUUUAACAUAUAUUUUAAUUUAAUAUAAUUAUUUAAAAAUUGUUAUUAACUUAUUAUGUAUAAGUGGUGGAUUUAUUUAUUUAUUUAUUUUAUGGUUAAAAUAUUUAAUA